CGGCCGCGCACUUCCUACCCGCACUUCCGGCCCCGCCCGCGCCCGCGCCGCGCGACCCGGAUUGGCCCGGGCGGCGGCCCGUCGCGUCGCGCUGCGGAGCCGUCGGAGCGACGCCGCGCUCAGUCGGCGGCCCUGGAGCGAAGAUGGACGCAGCUACCCUGACCUACGACACGCUCCGAUUCGCUGAGUUUGAGGAUUUCCCUGAGACCUCGGAGCCUGUCUGGAUCCUGGGGAGGAAGUACAGUGUCCUCACAGAAAAGGACGAGAUCUUGGCCGAUGUGGCAUCGAGACUCUGGUUCACGUACAGAAAGAACUUCCCGGCCAUCGGGGGCACUGGCCCCACCUCGGACACGGGCUGGGGCUGCAUGCUGAGGUGCGGACAGAUGAUCUUCGCCCAGGCCCUGGUGUGCCGGCACCUGGGCCGCGACUGGAGGUGGACGCAGCGGAAGAGGCAGCCGGACAGCUACUGCAGCGUCCUGCAGGCGUUCCUGGACAGGAAGGACAGCUGCUACUCCAUCCACCAGAUAGCACAAAUGGGAGUCGGCGAGGGCAAGUCCAUUGGCCAGUGGUACGGGCCCAACACCGUCGCCCAAGUCCUCAAGAAGCUGGCUGUCUUCGACACCUGGAGCGCCCUGGCUGUGCACGUGGCAAUGGACAACACAGUGGUGAUGGCGGAUAUCAGGAGGUUAUGCAGGAGCGGCCCUCCCUGUGCAGGGGCCGAGGCCUUCCCCGCAGACUCAGAGCGGCAUUGCAACGGCUUUCCGGCAGGGGCCGAGGGCGGUGGGCGCGCGGCACCCUGGAGACCCUUGGUGCUGCUCAUCCCGCUGCGCCUGGGGCUGGCAGACGUCAACGCGGCCUACGCGGGCACGCUCAAGCACUGCUUCCGGAUGCCCCAGUCCCUGGGCGUGAUCGGAGGGAAGCCCAACAGCGCCCACUACUUCAUCGGCUACGUUGGGGAGGAGCUCAUCUACCUGGACCCCCACACCACGCAGCCAGCCGUGGCGGCCGCUGACCGCUGCCCGAUCCCGGACGAGAGCUUCCAUUGCCAGCACCCGCCGGGCAGGAUGAGCAUCACGGAGCUCGACCCGUCCAUUGCCGUGGGGUUCUUCUGUAAGACUGAGGAUGACUUUAACGACUGGUGUCAGCAAGUGAGAAAGACCCCCUGGGAUCCGCAUCCCUGGGGUCGCCUGGGAAGGCCGCCCGCCCGGUGGGGCCCGCCUGCGCGUGGCCUCCCUGCGCCGUGGCCUGACGCGCAGUCUGCCGGCAGCUGUCGCUGCUGGGAGGCGCCCUGCCCAUGUUUGAGCUGGUGGAGCAGCAGCCUUCCCACCUGGCCUGUCCCGACGUCCUCAACUUGUCCUUAGAUUCUUCUGACGCGGAGCGACUGGAAAGAUUCUUUGACUCAGAAGACGAAGACUUUGAGAUCCUGUCCCUCUGAGAAUCCUGCAGGUGGGGACGGUCUCACUGGCCCUGCAGGGGCGUUUGGCCGCCGCGUCUCGUCCACCUGCUGCCCGCCGCCCAGCGCCCCAGCCCAGCCGCCUCCGCGUGAUGGAAGCCCCGGGCGCGUGCUCCUGCCGCACUGCCAGCCCUGCCCGGCACCCCGUGCCCUCCUGGCCCGGCCGCUCACCUUGGAAUUAAAACCCUGUCUGAAGCUCCAUGAAGGACAUGGCUGCCACUGGGCGUGUCCCUAGACAGGCUCUGAAGACGCAGUCUGCAGGGUGCCGUGGGAAAAGGGGCCAAGGACCAUGGCGGGCGUCCCGCAUUGGGAGGAGAGGCAUGGGGGCGGGCAGUCAGGUCCAAAGAUGUCGCUGUGCGCCGUGCCAGACAGCAGUGCCACCCGACCAGAGCCUUGGGAAGGCCACAGGCCCCGUGCUGCUGCUUGCUUGUCUCACCUGCUUCCCGCGGGGUGGGGGGCUUGCCGCCCCCGGAGCACCCCCCACCUCACCCCUCGUCAGGGCCUCCCUCCCGGUUGGCACAGCUUCAGAUGGUUUGGGGCCCAAGGGUCAAGCCUUCUGCUUGUGGCGUGAGGCGGGCGUGUUGCCCCUCACUGCGGGGGCACCCCAGACCUGCUCACGCUGACCUGGGGCUGCCUGCCUCCUCUCAGCCUGUGUCCCACCCGGGAGUGCAGACCGGCUGGGAGCUCAGGUGAGGGCGGCCUCCCUCCCAGGAGCCCCCAACUGCCCACCACCCGGGGGGCAGCGGGCACCCUGCCCCUCAGGUGUUGUCCACCUAAGUUAUUUCGUCUCCCUUGCGUCUUCUCCCCUCUUCUGUCCCUCAGGCAGAGCUGGGGGUCUCUGUUCCCCCUGCUGCUAGCGCGCAGGGUCUCCGUGCUCAGCUGGCAGCAGGGGUGCCUGAUGGGGGACCACUGACCAGAGGGGGCUGUCUCGUGUGUUGGGAAAGGCUUAUUGAAGAGUAUCCACUCUUAGUCGUCUAGUUUGCGGUUCUUUACUGCAAAUAAUAAGUUUCAAUAGAAAACA